UAAACCUCAUGGCUAGGCCCCCUCCCAUGCAUCAAUCUAAGUAUCUUGUCUGUUUUGAGGAUCUCAAUUCCUUCCAUUAAAGCCUUACAGAACAGAACAGAACAGAAAAUCAAGAUGAAGAACAGAGGAGCAUCUGCCUUCCUCAAGCAGAUAAUAUCAGCUUUGAAGACCAAAACCAGAGCCAUCAAGGCUCGCCUCAUAAUCUUCUCCCUCCUUAGCAACAGGAAGUUCCUCAUCACCUCCAUCUCUCACAAACUUCAAUCUGUGACAGGCCAUCAUCAUCAUCAUCAUCAUCUUCAUCUUCACGAGAAGGAAGACGAAGCCAAGGCCACGGUGUUAGAUAAUCACAACGCCAUGGCUCAUGACUUCCUCCCCGAUCCCACUCACACCCACUUCAUAUACAACGAGGCGGAUGAAGUGGAAGAUGAAAUCAAUGAAGCAAUAAAAGAUGAUAACUAUCCAGAUUUAAUGCAUUCGUCGGAGGACAUCAUGAACUUUGAGGAUCAUGGAGGCUCUGUGAUUGAUAUGGUGAAGAACUCAAAGGACCACGAAGGGCAAGAGUUCAGAUUGGAAGACGAAAUAGACCGAGUCGCUGACUUGUUCAUUGAGAGGUUCCAUCAUCAGAUGUGGAUGCAGAAGCAGCUCUCCUUCAAGAGACAAAUCACUUUCUAUUCUACAAGAGCAAGGAUGUUUCUACAGUACAACUUGAUGAUUUCCAUUUCUUGAAAGGUUGAACUCGUUAAUAAGAACAAAAGAAAAAUUUAGCUUU